AUGCCUCCACAACAGCAGUCCUACGGUGGCUAUCCCGGCCAGUCUUAUCACCAACAUCAUCAUCAGCCUCAGCAGCAGCAGCAGCCAAACCCAUACGGAUACGGCCAACCGUCUCAGCCUUACGGAUCCCCUGCCCCGCCACAAGCUGGCUAUGGCCACUCGGGCGGUCGUCCUGCGCCACCCCCAACCGGAGCGGUUUCGUUUGGUAGCGGUGCCCCGCAAGGUUAUAGCUUCCAGUACUCGACAUGCACGGGCAAGCGCAAGGCGCUGUUGAUUGGUAUCAAUUAUUUCAACCAGAAGGGUCAGCUGCGCGGAUGUAUCAACGACGUCAAGAACAUGUCGUCCUACCUGAAUCAGAAUUUUGGCUACGCUCGCGAGGAUAUGGUUCUCCUGACCGAUGACCAGCAGAACCCUAUGAGCCAGCCAACCAAGGCGAACAUUCUCCGAGCGAUGCACUGGCUGGUAAAGGAUGCGCAGCCCAACGACUCGCUUUUCUUCCACUACUCCGGCCACGGCGGUCAGACUCCAGAUCUGGAUGGUGACGAGGACGAUGGAAACGACGAAGUGAUCUACCCGGUCGACUUCCGCACUGCAGGACAUUUGACCGACGACGAGAUGCAUCGUAUCAUGGUGCAGACGCUGCGCCCUGGUGUGCGCUUGACUGCGAUCUUCGACUCAUGCCAUUCCGGCUCUGCGCUGGAUCUCCCAUACAUCUACUCUACCUCAGGUAUACUCAAGGAGCCCAACCUGGCCAAGGAGGCCGGUCAGGGUUUGCUCAGCGUGGUAUCUGCUUACGCGCGCGGCGAUAUGAGCGGCAUGAUGUCGACCGCUAUGGGCCUGCUGAAGCGGGUCGGCAAGGGAGACGGCGCUUACGAGCGCACGAAGCGGACUAAGACUAGCCCUGCCGAUGUGAUCAUGUGGUCUGGUAGCAAGGAUGAUCAGACUAGUCAGGAUGCUCAGAUCGCCGGCCAGGCUACGGGUGCUAUGUCGUGGGCGUUCAUUGCCGCGCUCCGGAAGAACCCUCAACAGAGUUACGUCCAACUGUUGAAUAGUAUCCGCGAGGAGCUUGCGUCCAAGUAUACCCAAAAGCCGCAGUUGAGCGCCAGCCACCCCUUGGGUAAGUAA